AUGGCCGCCGCCGCGGACCCCUUUGACUCGGCGCUGGACCUCCUCCGGCGGCUGAACCCCAAGCACACGGCCGACCACCUCAAUGCUAUCAUCUCGCUCGCGCCCGACCUGACCGAGGACCUCCUCUCGUCGGUCGACCAGCCGCUGGCCGUGCGCCGCUGCCGCCAGACGGGCCGCGAGUACCUCCUCUGCGACUACAACCGCGACGGCGACUCGCACCGCAGCCCCUGGUCCAACCAGUUCGACCCACCGCUCGACGAGGCCGGCGCGGGCGGCGUCGGUGCCGACGGCAACGAGGGCGCCGGCGAGGGUGCCGUCCCCAGCGAGCGCGUCCGUCGCAUGGAAAUCAAGGCCAACGAGGCCUUUGACAUCUACAGGGAGCUGUACUACGAGGGGGGCGUGAGCAGCGUCUACUUUUGGAACCUCGACGAUGGCUUUGCCGGCGUCGUGCUGCUCAAGAAGACGGCGACCCCCGGUGGAAGCAGCGAGGGCGUCUGGGACUCCAUCCACGUAUUCGAGGCCAUCGAACGCGGCCGCACGACUCACUAUAAGCUCACCUCGACCGUGAUCCUCUCCCUCUCCACCGCCGAGGGCUCCAUUGGCGACAUGGACCUCAGCGGCAACAUGACGCGCCAGGUGGAGCAGGACCUCCCCGUCGACAGCGACGAGAGCCACAUCGCCAACGUCGGCCGCCUCGUCGAGGACAUGGAGCUCAAGAUGCGCAACCUGCUCCAGGAUGUCUACUUUGGCAAGGCAAAGGACGUGGUCGGGGACCUGCGCAGCGUGGGCAGCCUGAGCGACGGCGCCCGGGACAGGGAGACCCAGAGGGAGCUUAUUGGCAGCAUGAGACGAUAG